AUUUGCUAUUAGUCUAUUGCUUCACCACUUCUUUCCAAAAAGAGAAAGAUAUUUAUAAAUGGCAACUCCGACUGUGUUAGAUGUUCGACCUCCUGCAUUAACUUCCAUCUCUGAACCACUUCCAUUUUUUGAUGGAACCACAAGGUUAUACAUUUGCUAUUUGUGCCCUUAUGCUCAACGUGCAUGGAUAACUAGGAACUGCAAGGGACUGCAAGACAAGAUCGAAUUGGUCCCUAUUGACCUUAAAAAUAGGCCUUCUUGGUAUAAGGAGAAAGUUUACCCUCUGAAUAAGGUACCAUCAUUGGAACACAAUGGCAAGGUUUUAGGAGAAAGUCUUGAUUUGAUCAAAUAUAUAGACACCAACUUUGAAGGGCCACCUCUAUUUCCCAGUGAUCCUGCCAAGAGAGAAUUUGGUGAGCAGUUGAUAUCCCAUGUUAAUACGUUCACCAGUGGCAUAUACUCUUCAUUUAAAGGAGAUGUUGUACAACAAACCAGUGCUGCUUUUGAUUAUUUGGAGAAUGCUCUUGGUAAAUUUGAUGAUGGACCAUUCUUCCUUGGCCAAUUUAGUUUGGCGGAUAUUGCCUAUGUUUCAUUUCUUGAAAGGUUCCAAAUUGUCUUCUCUGAAAUUUUUAAGCACGACAUCAUGGCAGGAAGGCCCAAACUAGCCACAUGGAUUCAGGAGGCGAAUAAGAUUGAUGGCUAUAAGCAGACAAAAGUAGACAGGGAGGAAUAUUUGGAAGCUUUGAAGAAAAAAUUCUUGGCUUAACGGUGUACGUGAGUUACUGCUGCUGCGUUGGUGUUUAAGAUUAUAAGAUAGUCAAUAAAGAUUUGUUUACAUUUAUGGAAUGUUUUUUCAAUUUGAAAUUAGUGUGUUCUAUUUCCUUGUUUGUGUUGCAGUUACUUUGAUUUCUCAAUAAUGCUUUUGUAUGGGACAAUCCAAUUGUAUAGUCCCACAUUCUAAUAAGCUGAAGACAUGUUUGAUUUGGAAUUCGUGA